CUCUAUAUAUUUGCGCUGCACUAAGUAAGGAGCAGAGCGCCAAAUUUUUGCACAGAAUCCAAAAGUAAGCUUCUGCUCGCUCCUCUUUGUCUCUCUCUAAACCAAUUAGCAUCAAUCGCACGCGAGGAAGUGCUUACGCAAUUAGAUAAAAAAUUUUCAAAUCCACUUGCUACCUUUGAAAAUUUUGAAAUCCCUAAUCUGUUCCCACUCCAAUCGAGCCACUACUUCUGCCAAUCAUAGCUUUGUGUCGUCUCACGAUCCCACAUCCUCCAUCGUUGUUUCUCCGUCUUUACUUCGCUUGGCUUAUUUCAUCAACUCUCUGCUUUUUCAAUUGGUAGCAGUAGUCUAAAUUCCUAAACAACGGUAACUAUGGAACCUGAGCAGAGCAGCGGUGGAGGAUUAUAUGUUCCUGGGAAGCAGAGAGUCGAGUUCAGAGCUCCUCAAAGGAAGUCCCUUUUAGGUUUGGACAUCCUUGCAAAUGAAAAACGGGAGAAAUCUGAAUCAAAUGGCAUGUUUAAGGUUCCAAGAGAAAGAAUCACCUCUGUUGCAGCAUCCAUCGACGAGGGAGAACUUGAAUCAUCUGGAACAGAUGAAGUCAGGGAUGGUGAAUCUAUUAGUGUAAACAAUCAUGUAAAUAGACGUUAUCGUGAAACAGCUGCGCAUGAGAUCACUCAUGAAGAAAGUACCGUGACUCAAGGAGAAACAAUUAGUGAUAUUUAUGGUAGUCAUCACUCAAGAGAAAAUGUAUCAUCAGAUGAUCCUAGCACUAUUAGGAGUUCUCGAGGUAUCCGUUCAAGCAGUCCUAGGGGUGGGAGAGAUGACCGCAGUAAUGUGAGAAGAGAUUUUAAGGAUGAUUCCAGGGGUGAAAGCAGGAAUAGAAACCGGCAUAGGGAUAAUAGUGAAGAGAGCAGUCAUGGAAGGGGAGAUCGUCGUUCGUAUGAAAGAGAACAUAGUAGAGAUUAUGACAGAAAACGAGGCAGAUACGAAGGUUCAAGGAGGACACCAGGUAGAUUUGACUGGGAUGAUGGGAGAUGGGAAUGGGAAGAAACUCCCCGUCGGGAUAGUCACUCUAAUACAAGCCAGCGCCAUUAUUAUUCACCAUCCCCGAUGUUUGUUGGAGCCUCACCUGAUGCACGAUUAGUUUCCCCAUGGUUGGGCAGCCAUACACCUUCUUCUAUUGGUUCUACCGCUUCUCCAUGGGAUCAGAUUGCUCCCUCUCCAGUUCCGAUUCGUGCCUCUGGAUCUUCAGCUAAGUCUUCUAGUUCUAGGAAUGGUGGGAAGUCCCAUCAACUUACUUUCUCCUCUGCAAGGUCACAAUCAUUAGAGGAGGAAGGAGCAGAUAAAGCUUAUUCAUCUGAGGAACACAAUCAUGAGAUUACUGAAAGCAUGCGCCUAGAGAUGGAGUACAAUUCUGAUCGAGCAUGGUAUGAUAGAGAAGAAGGUAACACAAUGUUUGAUGCUGAUAGCUCAUCUUUUUUCCUUGGAGAUGAUGCCUCAUUCCAGAAAAAAGAAGCAGAAUUGGCCAAAAGGCUGGUUCGAAGAGAUGGCACCAGAAUGUCACUUGCACAAAGCAAAAGGUUGUCUCAACUUACUGCUGACAAUGCCCAAUGGGAGGACCGGCAAUUAUUAAGAUCUGGAGCUGUUAGGGGUACUGAAGUGCAGACUAAUUUUGAUGACGAGGAAGAACGCAAGGUCAUUCUUCUUGUACAUGAUACAAAACCUCCAUUCCUGGAUGGAAGAGUUGUUUUUACUAAACAAGCAGAGCCUAUAAUGCCCAUAAAAGAUCCUACCUCAGACAUGGCCAUUAUUUCACGCAAAGGAUCUGCUUUGGUUAGAGAAAUUCAUGAGAAGCAAAGUAUGAAUAAGUCACGCCAGCGUUUUUGGGAGCUUGCUGGCUCAAAACUUGGUGAUAUUCUUGGUGUUGAGAAGACAGCAGAACAGAUUGAUGCCGAUACAGCUGUAGUAGGUGAAGAAGGUGAAGUUGAUUUUAAGGAAGAUGCAAAAUUUGCACAGCAUUUGAAAAAGGAGGAAGCUGUGAGUGAUUUUGCAAGGUCAAAAUCCAUUGCUGAGCAGCGACAAUAUCUGCCCAUAUAUUCAGUGCGAGAGGAUUUAUUACAGGUGGUUCGUGAAAAUCAGGUGGUGGUUGUUGUUGGAGAAACUGGUUCAGGAAAGACUACUCAACUGACACAGUAUCUACACGAAGAUGGGUAUACAAAAAGUGGUAUAGUUGGUUGCACCCAACCAAGGCGUGUGGCAGCCAUGAGUGUUGCAAAGAGAGUUAGCGAAGAGAUGGAAACUGAAUUGGGAGAUAAGGUUGGUUAUGCUAUCCGUUUUGAGGAUGUGACUGGGCCAAACACCAUAAUUAAGUAUAUGACUGAUGGAGUGCUAUUGCGUGAAACUCUGAAAGAUUCUGAUCUUGACAAGUAUCGGGUUGUAGUCAUGGAUGAAGCACAUGAAAGAUCGUUAAACACAGAUGUUUUGUUUGGAAUACUAAAAAAGGUGGUUGCCCAGCGUCGUGACUUCAAGCUCAUUGUGACAUCUGCAACUCUAAAUGCUGAGAAAUUUUCUAAUUUCUUUGGAAGUGUUCCAAUUUUCCACAUUCCAGGAAGAACAUUCCCAGUGAAUAUCUUGUACAGCAAAACGCCUUGUGAAGAUUACGUUGAAGGAGCAGUGAAGCAAGCAAUGACCAUCCACAUUACAAGUCCUCCAGGUGACAUACUUAUUUUUAUGACCGGCCAAGAUGAGAUAGAAGCAGCCUGCUAUGCCCUUGCUGAGCGCAUGGAACAACUUAUAUCUACGACAAAAAAAGCAGUCCCUAAGCUCUUGAUACUGCCUAUAUACUCCCAACUACCAGCUGAUUUGCAAGCCAAGAUAUUCCAGAAAGCUGAGGAUGGGGCCCGCAAAUGCAUCGUUGCCACAAACAUUGCAGAAACGUCGCUGACAGUUGAUGGAAUUUUUUAUGUUAUUGAUACAGGAUAUGGUAAAAUGAAAGUUUACAAUCCUAGGAUGGGCAUGGAUGCUCUCCAAGUUUUCCCUGUUAGCCGUGCUGCUGCUGAUCAGCGUGCUGGACGUGCUGGUAGAACUGGCCCUGGCACGUGUUAUGGGCUUUAUACAGAAAGUGCAUACCUAAAUGAAAUGCUGCCCAGUCCAGUGCCAGAGAUCCAGAGGACCAACCUUGGUAAUGUGGUUUUGUUGCUCAAGUCUCUGAAGAUUGACAACUUGCUAGAUUUUGAUUUCAUGGACCCACCUCCACAGGAUAACAUCCUUAAUUCAAUGUAUCAGUUGUGGGUCUUGGGUGCACUCAACAAUGUUGGAGGCCUAACUGAUCUUGGCUGGAAAAUGGUGGAGUUUCCUCUAGACCCCCCACUAGCUAAGAUGCUCUUGAUGGGAGAACAACUAGGAUGUAUAAAUGAGGUUUUGACAAUUGUGUCAAUGCUUUCAGUGCCAUCAGUGUUUUUCCGGCCCAAAGAUAGGGCAGAGGAGAGUGAUGCUGCAAGGGAAAAAUUUUUUGUUCCCGAAUCUGACCACCUGACUCUGCUUAAUGUUUAUUUGCAAUGGAAAGAGCAUCAAUACCGUGGAGAUUGGUGCAACGAUCACUUUUUGCAUGUCAAAGGAUUACGGAAGGCUAGAGAAGUCAGAUCCCAGCUUCUAGAUAUUCUCAAAACUUUGAAAAUUCCAUUAACUUCUUGUGGUCAUGAUUGGGAUGUUAUACGAAAGGCCAUAUGUUCUGCAUAUUUUCACAAUGCUGCAAGAUUAAAGGGUGUUGGGGAAUAUGUUAAUUGCAGGAAUGGAAUGCCAUGCCAUCUUCACCCAAGCAGUGCCUUAUAUGGUUUAGGUUAUACUCCAGAGUACGUGGUAUAUCAUGAAUUGAUUUUGACAACAAAGGAAUACAUGCAGUGUGCCACUGCAGUGGAGCCCCAGUGGUUGGCUGAGCUGGGGCCAAUGUUUUUUUCUGUGAAGGAAUCGGACACAUCUAUGUUGGAGCACAAGAAAAGGCAAAAGGAAGAAAAAACGGCAAUGGAGGAAGAGAUGGAAAUUUUGAGAAGGGAGCAAGCAGAGGUAGAGAAAGAGAGCAAGGAAAGGGAAAGGCAAAAGAGGGCAAAGCAGCAGCAGCAAGUCUCUAUGCCAGGGCUGCGACAAGGCUCUUCCACUUAUUUGAGACCAAAAAAGUUUGGUUUGUAAAUGUCAUGUAUUCUGUAUUAAUAUUUGCGGUUGAAUGUUAUCAAUUCCUCUCUUAAAAUAGAGAUGUUGUAAAAGGGGGAGGGAUGUAGUCCCCUCAAGCGCAGCUGUUGACAGGAGGACAGAAAAAAUUCAGUGUCCAUUUUUUUUUAAGCGCUUACACAAGUUUGGAGGUAGAAUAGAAUAUUUGAGUCAUAGUAUUUAUUGAUUCUGAGUUCUGCUGUUUUUA